AUGGCAAAAACACAAAUAUAUGAUGAAAUGAUGAAAUAUUUACCUGGAAUCAAAAGAGAGUAUUUGCGUGAGAUGACACAAAAGGCUAAAAUUAUCAAUACAUUCUUCAAAGGUGUAGGAAUAGAUAAAGUUGAGUAUGCCACAUAUAGUGUUGAUGCUAUUUCUAGUUUAACUAGUACACAAGUUCAAAAUAUAAUAAAUGUUUAUACUAAUGAACUUGUCAAAUCUCAAAUUGAUUAUACUGAUUUAGGAAAAUUACCAGAAACUGAGAUAAAUGCAUCAUCUUCAGAUAUAAAAGAAAGUUUACCGGAAACAGAGGUAAGUGGAUUAUCUGAAAAGGUUUCUGAUGAAACAAAUAUAAACAUACCACCUAUAAACAAAGAUACAUCCAACGAAUCCCGACUUCCGAUUUCAAUUUUACCAGAUGAUCCAGAAAAAAACGGAAUCACGUUAUUAAAAUGGUAUUGGACCGAUUUCCUUGUCUAUCAUUAA